AUGGUGUCGGUAGAAGCGUUCCGCGUCCUGGAACAGUCGCAGGUCUCCCCGACGAAUGGAUCGGCGCCGCCCGCCUCCAUCCCUCUCUCCUUCUUCGACAUAGUCAUGUCGCCCGCCGGCCCCGUUCGGCGCAUCUUCUUCUACGACUUCCCCCACCCCACCGCCGUCGUCGUUGACUCGGUGCUGCCCCGACUCAGGUCGUCCCUCUCCCUCGCCCUCCAGCGGUUCUACCCCCUCGCGGGGAAUCUGAUGUGCUCCUCGAGCCCUGACGACCGAUCCGGGAUCGGCUGUGCCUACGGCGACUCGGUCUCCUUCGUCGUGGCCGAGUGCGUCGGGGUGGACUUCCGGGAGCUCUCCGGGACAUGUGCGCACAGCGUGGCCGAGCUGCAGCUGUUGGCGCCUCGGCUGGUUUGGUCGAGCGCUGCCAAGCCACUGCUGGCCGUGCAGGUGACCGUGUUCCCUAACCACGGCUUCGCCGUCGCGGCGUCGGUGCCACAUGCCGCAUGCGACGGCUCGAGCUACGUGCACUUCAUGAACGCUUGGGCUUCCGCCAGCCGGACGGGCCAGCUCGCCGAACCGGCGCAGUCCUUCGACAGGACGGCGGUCCCCAACCCUCUUCAGCUCCGCUCCGUCAACAUAUUCCCCGGUUUCGACCGCUGCGAAACCGAUGAAUCUCCCACCCUUGCGUCCGACUUCGUAAGCGCGACCUUCUGCCUCACGCAGGAUCAGUUACAGACGCUCAAGAGAUCGGUGACGGCCAAGUUCGACGAGCGCCACGGCUCGUUCCAUUGCUCGACCGCCGUGGUGACGUACGCCUACGCGUGGAUCUGCCUCGUCAAGACCUUCGGCUACGCCGGCGAUAAGAUUGCUCAUCUAAUAUUCCUCGCAGAUUACAGAGCUCGGCUGCAGCCGCCGCUGCCGAUGUCAUACUUCGGCAACUGCAUCGUCCCGUGCUUCGUGGAGGUGAAGGUGAGCGAUCUCGUGGGGGAGGAUGGAAUCGUGGUGGCCGCUGAGGCAAUCGGCAAAGCCAUACAGGGGUUGAGAGAUGGAGCAGCCUUAGAAGGCGUGCACGGGUGGGGCGGGAGAUGGCAAUUUGCGGCGACGCAGCAGGCCAUGACCGUCGCGGGAUCGUCCAGGUUCAGGGUUUACGACGCUGACUUCGGGUGGGGAACGCCGGUGAAGGUCGAGAUGGUGAUCCAGAGGGCGGGAGCCUUAUCGCUGGCAGAAAGCAGAUCAGGAGACGGUGUCGAGAUUGGCUUGUCGUUUGACCGGACCGAGAUGGAUUUGUUUGAGCGGCAUUUCUCUGCCGGCCUCAAACUUCUCUCAGAAUAA